UCAAACCCAUGACAGAAUCGUGCAGGCGGGCUAGUGGCUAACAAGUUGGCUGAAUAUCGGUGCUAAAUUCACAGUAGAAAAAAUAGCACUAAUCGUGAAGUUAUUUUUUCACUGUACAAACUUUAACAUUGGACCUCCAUGACGCGGCUGGACUGAGGAGGACGCCAGCCAUCACAGGCUGAAGCAGUGAUUACCUCGUAGAAAACAUUAAAACGUCGCCAGCUAACAGUUAGCAGACAGACAAACGUCCCCCAGGACUGGCUGAAUAUUUCCAGCCUGUGUUUUCCCUCCGUGAGCCAGUCAGACAACCCACCGGCAGACCCCCAACGAAGCAAAGAGACUGUGUUGUGAAUGUAAUGGUGCUUUCGCCUGCCUGGGCUGCAUGAGAUAUGCAGUUGUCAGAGCAGCGUUGACAGGCCUGACUCUGGUUUAACACGGCCAUGGAGUCCACCUCUGAGUCCCAACAGGAGCCUGAGAAAACUUUGCACCAUGCAGAGUUGAGAGAGCACCAUGUCACCUCCGCUGCUGUAGUGUGCAGUGAUGACACCGUCCUUCUGACCCCAGGCAGGAUGAGCCAGCGCCAGGUGAAGGAGCGGGAUAAAGAGAGGGAGAAGGAGGCGGGCCUCCAGACGCCCAACAGGGAGCACGUUGCCACCCCUUCAACCCUCAGCCCAGGGGUCAGCUACAGCCACGGUUUCGAGAGAGGGAAGGAGGACCUCUUGCCUCUGCCUUUGAAAGAGGACUCACAUUCCAUAUCUAAGAGCAAGUCUGAAACAAAGCUGUACAAUGGCUCAGACAAGGAUGUGUCCACGUCUGGAGGAAAGCUCACCAAGAAGGAGUCUCUCAAGGUGCAGAAGAAAAACUACAGGGAAGAAAAGAAGAGAGCAACCAAGGAGCUGCUCAGCACCAUCACUGAUCCCUCCGUCAUCGUCAUGGCCGACUGGCUGAAGAUCCGUGGCACUCUGAAGAGCUGGACCAAGCUGUGGUGUGUGCUGAAGCCAGGGGUCCUGCUCAUCUAUAAAACCCACAAGAACGGCCAGUGGGUGGGAACGGUGCUGCUCAACGCCUGUGAGCUGAUCGAGAGGCCCUCCAAGAAGGACGGCUUCUGCUUCAAGCUCUUCCAUCCGCUGGAGCAAUCUAUCUGGGCCGUCAAGGGUCCUAAAGGAGAAGCAGUGGGCUCCAUCACGCAGCCAUUACCCAGCAGCCACCUGAUCUUCCGUGCUGCCUCUGAGUCAGAUGGCCGAUGCUGGAUGGACGCCUUAGAGCUGGCCCUGAAGUGCUCCAGUCUGCUGAAGAGGACCAUGAUCCGCGAGGGGAAGGAGGACAUGAGCACAGUUGCCACUGGCGGAGAACACUCCAUUAAUUUCUACAGCCUCCUCCGAGCCCACAACAUGCAUGGCUUCCAGUUCAAUGACAGCGACCAUCUGAAAGACCCAGACUUGUACUCAGACAAGUCAGACCGGGAGGGAGAGCAGGACCACGAGGAGUCAGACCCAGAAGGCCUGGAGAAGAGUGAGGAGAGCGACAGCGACACGUCAGAGCGCCAAGACGACUCCUACAUUGACUUGGAUCCUAACGAACAUCUGCGGGAAACCCCGUACCUGGAACAGUCCCAUGAGGAACUGGGAGAGGCUGGGGAGGCUGCCCAGACAGAGACGGUAUCAGAGGAGAACAAAUCUCUGAUCUGGACUUUGCUGAAGCAGGUCCGACCUGGCAUGGACCUGUCCAAGGUGGUUUUGCCCACCUUCAUCCUGGAGCCAAGAUCUUUCCUGGACAAACUCUCCGACUACUACUACCACGCAGACUUCCUGUCAGAGGCUGCAAUCGAAGAGAACGCCUACAACCGGAUGAAGAAGGUGGUGAAGUGGUACAUCUCUGGAUUUUACAAAAAGCCAAAGGGGUUGAAGAAGCCUUACAACCCAAUUAUAGGGGAGACGUUUCGCUGCAUGUGGCUCCACCAGAAGACCAACAGCAAGACCUUCUACAUCGCAGAGCAGGUAUCCCAUCAUCCUCCAGUGUCAGCCUUCUAUGUCAGCAACAGGAAGGAUGGAUUCUGCCUCAGUGGCAGCAUCCUGGCCAAGUCCAAGUUUUACGGAAACUCCCUGUCGGCCAUAUUAGAUGGGGAGGCUCGGCUCAAUUUUCUCAACCGAGGAGAGGACUAUGUGAUGAACAUGCCCUACGCCCACUGUAAAGGCAUCCUGUAUGGCACCAUGACCCUGGAGCUGGGUGGCCAGAUCACCAUUGCAUGCGAGAAGACGGGCUACAGCGCUCAGCUGGAGUUCAAACUGAAGCCGUUCCUGGGCAGCAGCGACAGUGUCAACCAGAUCUCUGGAAAGAUCAAGCUGGGGAAGGAGGUGUUGGCUACGUUAGAAGGACACUGGGACAGCGAGAUCUUCAUCAAUGACAAGAAGACGGGGACGGUGGACACUUUCUGGAACCCGACACAAGAGCUGAGACAGAGUCGACUGACCCGCUGCACCGUCCCACCAGAGGAGCAGGGAGAGUGCGAAUCAGAAAGACUGUGGCAGCACGUGACCCGGGCCAUCAACAACAAGGACCAGACGGAGGCCACCAACGAGAAGUUCAUUCUGGAGGAAGUUCAGAGGAAGUCGGCCCGCGAGCGGAAAGCCAAAUGCGAGGAGUGGAUCCCUGCCCUGUUUGAGCAGGACUCCAUCACCGGAGAGUGGCAUUACAGAUAUGCCGACACGAGGCCCUGGGAUCCACUCAACGACCUGAUCCAGUUUGAAAAAGACGGCUGUAUCCAGACCAAGGUCCGACACCGCACCCCUAUGGUACGUUCUGGCAGUCUUAUUAGUCUGAGUAACCAGGGGCCGCGGAGGGACAAUUGCAAGUGCCAGGUAACGGUGCCGAAGAGGAAACAUAAGAGUGACAAGCCCAAAAGCCCAGAGAGUGGCUGCUCGUCACCUGAACCCGACCGUCAAGACUCGUCUGGCAGCGAACGACAUAAAAGUAAACACAACAGUCGUCUGAGGAAAAAAGGAGCCGACCUCAGUGAACUUCAAAGUGCCAUUGAAUCUAUAAAGCAGACGCAGGAGGACAUUAACAGGAGCAUCAGCGUCCUGCGGAAUCGUGCAGCGGGCCGGGUGGAGGGCGGCUCCUUCCUCCAGCAGCGCGACUACAUCAUCAUCGUUUUCCUCAUCCUCCUUCAGGUCCUGAUCAACUAUGUCUUCAAGUAGCAGCCAUACCCCACGGAGAGAGUGAUGCCCUUACACACACACACACACACACGCACACACACACGCACACGCAGUCUCACACUCUCUGAGCCUUAGGCAUCACAAUGGGGUACAAAGAGACGUGAACUUUCAAAAUAAGUGACUACAACAGCGUCCUCCAACUCUCUUCUUCUCUGUUAAAUCCAACUGCACACGUCCAGAAAAGUGGAGACUUCAACACAAAAGGAGACUUUUCAAAACUCGUAUUUAUUUUGAACCAGUCCAUUCCAAAACUCUUGAGAGGAUCCACAGAUUUCAAAGCGGAGGGGAGCAGCGAUGAGGAGAAGCUGUUGGAGGUGAGAUUUUGGUCUCGACUGCCACUCUGGAGCUUUCUGAUUUGCCUUGAUGUAAGAGGCAAAGACAGCAGCCAUUUUUUUUAGCUGUUAUUUGUUUUGUUCUGUUUUUUGUUUUGUUUUGUUUUUUUCCAAUGGAGUGAAACUACUCUGUUGAUUCACAUUUCACCUCAAAUGACAGGGAACCUUUUAACACAGAGACGAAGUCCCACGUCUCAGAUGGUAACAAAGAUAAAAAAAAAACAACUAACUUUAAUUUUAAUGUUUUUUAUUGUUUUGUUUCUUUGCUUGGUGUGUCCUUUGUGAAUAGGGGUCUGCUUGGAACAAAAAGUGUUGAUAAGGGAGAAAAAAAAAACAAAGUGGUCCAAAUCUAUGUGAGUUUUAUUUUUUUAUUGUCACAUACUUUCAUAUCGUCUGGGUUUUUAAACGCGUGGAAAUAGAGUCAGAAAGACAAAUAACACAAGUGAAACUGUCAAAAGGAACAGAAGCUAUAAUUUCUGCUGUAUAAUAAAACUUCACCCUUUGCAUACAAAGUCAAUGUUAAAGGAAAAAAAAUUCAGAUGUUUGACAUAACAUCAUUGUAUACUGUAGGUAGCAUGUACAGACGGGAGCGUGGUUAGGACAUUAGCCCGUUGUGCAGUGUUUUGUUUUAAGGCACAAAUGCACUGGAAACGUUUGUAUUGUUAAUACAUUUCUAUCAGUUCAACUUGCGCUGAAGUUGAUGUCACAGAACUUUUAUAUUUCUGCUCUGAGGAGGUCUGGAGGACCAACAAAGAGUUCAGUGACCACUGCCCUAGUUUCAGGUAAAGGGUGUUGGAUAUGUUCAGUGAUUGUAGUGAGACGUUGGCUUUAGCAUGAUAAAACGGGGGUUCACCAAAGCUAAGUGAUGCAGUCUGACGCCCUGUUCAGACCUGGUAUUAACAUCUGUCUCAGGGGAUCCAAUCACAAGUGGUCAGCUCUAAGACCACAUUCAGAGGUGGUCUGGACCACAUGUGCUCACAUUUUUUCAGCAGUGUGAACGCACAUGUGUCCUGGGCCACAAUGAAGGACCGCCUACUCGCUGUCUCUCUCACAAACACAUGGACAACAGACCGUCUGAUUGGUUAAAGAGAAAAAUUUGUUUAUUUGUAUAUAAAGCGGAGAAGUGAGAUUCGAUCACUAGUGGUCACUAGAGACACAGUCAGGUGUGAACCGACGUACUUAGAGCUGUCCACUUGUGAUCAGAUCACUGAAGACGCAUGUUAUUCCCAGGUCUGCACAUGGCCUUAGACCUGAUGGCAUGUUAAAGGAAUAGAACAGGAAAUGUACUUAUUUGUCUUCUUGACAGUUGGAUGAGAAAAGCAACACUCACACAGACUGGAAACAGAUGUAAUGUCCAAAGGUAACACAAUCCCUCCACCAGCUCCUCUAAAGCCCAGUGAUUAACACUUCAAACUGAAUCUUGUUUGUUUACAAGUUCCUGUAAAAACUACAUGUCCUGGUUUUACACGUGAGGUUAUUUCUUGUCAUCAUUGUGAAGUCGCCAGGUAACCAAGUAGUUACUGCGCCCAGGUAAAAACUAGUCCAGAAGAUACUCCGCCUGUAAAAUCACGGAUGGGUGGAUUUUGUUACCACUGAACAGAGUCAGGCUCCUGUUGAGAGUCUUUAUUAAGCUAAGCUUAUAUAUAAGGAGCUUUAAGCAGCAAUGAUUGAAGGGACGGCUAUAGCAUGACACAAUGACGUAGAUUCUAUCUGGACACUUCCUACCGAUGCAGCCCAAAUGUCUAUUGUCUCGUUCUUCCUGUCUAUGUCGUCACAUCAUGUCGUAGCCGUCCCUUCAACCGUCACUGCUGUAAGUCCCUGUUUACUUUAAUUGAGUGGAAUUAAUCUUCUCAUCUAACUUAUAACAAGAAAGUGAGGAAGUGUAUUUCCCAAAAUACAUUCAAGCUAUUUCUUUAAGAUGAGUUAUUUAAUCGAAGAGUUAAGUUGAGUUAAGAACCAUAAAGACAAAAAUGGAAAAUGGUGUGUAGGCUAACUAAAGGCCUAACGGAUGGUCUCCAGACCAAGCCAUGGAAGAGAAAACCCUUAACACUCCACCAUCACGGCAAACUUCAGAGCAUCAAUCAUCGCUUCCAGUGCUUUUGCGCCUCAGAUGUUAACCAGGAAAACUAGAGAUAGACACUUUAGUAAGCUACAAGUGAGAGGAGAAGAUAGACUUUUCUACUUACUACUAUCACCAUAGUAUACCAUUCCAAAUGUACACAAGUACCAGCCAAACUCAGUGUGUAGAGUAGGAGUCGGCCCCGUUCACUGUGUAAAUAUCCAACGGAACGACUCGUUCCUCGCGAGUAGUGCGUGGCGUUCCAACACCAAGGUUCGCAAUACAGACACUCCUGCGCUCUGUGCACAAGCCAGUCUUUUCAACCUUGUGUGUCCUUCUGUCCACUGCUCUGUAGAUACACAUGGACAUAGGCAAAAAGAAAGAAAAAUAGAUGAAUCAGAUUCCCAUUGGAAAUUAAACAGAUGGCCUCAAGAAGUUGCUGUUAUUCAGCAGUAGUUACUUGCAGCUUUUGAACCUUUUAAACUCAGAAAUAAAUGGCUGAAACACCCUGAACAUUUACAGGCUUAUGAGGACUAUGGCUUAUGAGGAUGAAUUAAAUUUGAAAUUCUGAAGUCUGCUUGACAACAAAGUUCCGCAUUUAAUGGCCGACGUACUACCCUUGACAUUUGCAGUCUUAUGAAGACCGACUAAUUGAAAGUCUGUGUUUAGCUUUGCUACCCAUGAAGAUCAAUUCUCUCAGCAAUCUAGUUUUUUUAUAAUGAAAAUUUAGUUUGAAAAGUGACUGAACUUUAUCUGUAUUUGUUUUCAUUAUCAGCCAAGGAAGACGGCAGCAUAUUAGAACUCUUACCUGACCUUUUUACCACAGUUUGUCAGGGUUUUCUUCAAAGAUGCAAGUAAGUAACUACUAAUCGAGGCCAUUCAGAAAGAUCAGACCCACUUAUGGAUCAUAUCGGAACAUUGAUUUUGUAUAUCUCUUCGCCUGUCAUGAUGUUAGCCUUGUCAAUGUUUACAUAUCCAAUUGCCUCCGCCGUCAGCAGACUGUUAAGCGAUGCAAACUUUGUAACGCUAACACAGGUAUAAAGAAAAACUGGUAGCAUCGUCGGGAGCCAGCUGUACCCCCGUAAGUUACCCGGCUGGCCCGUGUGUAUCUGUACAUGUAUUUUUGUGUAUCCUCAUUGCCUCAAUCGCUCAUCUUAAUCCAGAUAUUAGAAUGUGGAGAAAUAAGUAUAUAACAGUGCCUUCUAGAGUCAGACUGGGGAGGGGGUAGAUAGGGGGUUUAGCGGAGAAUGGCAGGGAUGUGGGCGGGUGUGGUGUGGAGCAUACAGACGUAGCCAGAGUCCAGUUCUUAAGGUGGACGAAUAGUGAAGGGAAUGAUCUGGACCGGGACUCUGGGACUCUGGGACUCUGGGACUCUGGGACUCUGGCUGCAGCUGCGCCUGCAGUCGCUGUAGUGUUUUAGAGCGGACGUGCCAUAUGAAGCCUUAGAAACGAGUCUGACUCCGGCUCCACAGCUUGCCACCGCACCCGGCUCCCGCCUCCUCUCCUGAAGUGUCGCCAUAGUAACGCACCUGUAGGUUUCCGGAUGCUGAUUCCUGCCACAGGAGAGAGAGGGAGGGAGAGAGACCUUUCCUCUCCAUUGUCGUCCUCGUCUCUCUCUCGCUCUCUCUCACAACACAAAAUUCAGAGGGAAAUAAACAUCUCCGCUGUCUGUUGUUGUUGCUGUCUCUGUAAAAUAAUACAUUUUAUUUAUUACUCUUUUCUAUGUGGGUUUAUGUUUCAUUCUUUUCUGCUCGUAGCAUUAGAUUCUCUCUCCUUGUUUAAUGUUUUUCAAAAAUGUUUUUAAAAUUAUGUACAAUUGGUUUUAUUCCACUCCUCGUUACUUGACGUCACACACAAGCAACUGUCCUCAACUUGUGCACACUGUCAACUGACAACUGCCCCACAACACCCCCCCUCUCCACCGCCACCACACACGCACACACACACCCACACACCCACACACACACAUACAUACCCUUUUUCCUAUCUGAGUACCUGAAUAUAUUUAAUGUAUCUCCAUGGCAACUAUAACUUCUUAGAAGUUUAUGGUCACAUGUAACAUAACACAGAAUAAAAACAAAUGACACCC